AUGAUUGAAGGGGAGGAAGUUGUCUCAGAAACUGAAAGUGAGUAUCAAGGGCCAGUAACAAUUGCAAGUCAGCCACUCCUGAGUGAAGAAAGAAAGCAGGAAAUUCAGGCAGCAAGGCGUGCUAUCAGACAACGAGCUAAGAGAAUUGCCGCAAAAGAGCGAGCGUCUCAACGUGUCUUAAAGAGAAGGAUACCUAAGAGAGUAAGUAAAGUCAUUCGGCAGCACCCAACAAUAGGCAAAGACAUUGAAGAGAGGGGCACCCAACGAGAGUAUAGUUCAAAACCACAUAAACAUUGCAUUGUUGAACGUACUUUAGUAUUUACACGGUAGAUAAAGGCUUAUUUUUAUCCCCUAAAAAUUUCUCAUCUGUUCGGAUUUCCUAGCUGAAAGUAUAGUGAUCCGAAAAUUAUAGGGAUCAAAAUUUACCUUUUCGAAAAUUUCAGCCAGAAAAAACGCUCCCGAAAAUUCUAGGUGACCUUUUCAGGGUAAAAAUCCGUUAAAAAUGGACAAUUAUACGAUUUUUUUGAACUUCGAAAAUCCUAGGAGAGGCAGGCAAGCAAGAAAUUUGUCAGAAAAUGAUCCGAAAAUUCUAGACCUCAAAUCGUCUUCCGAACAGAUAAUUUUCCGAAAAUUGUCGUUGGGUGCCCCUGUGAAGAGUUUGUUAAGUCGAAGAGGGUGGAAGCAGAUGCUUGGCGGAGAACUGGCGUACUUACAUUCGAUGGUGCUCGUGCAAGGGGUAAAAAGGUUACGUAUAGAAGUAUCCAAGAAUACCUCCAAACCAAAUAUGAUUGCAAGAUUAGCUAUGGAACUGUUGUGCAAUUGUGCGUAGUACGCAGCAAGCGGCGAAUAUCUGCUCGUCGAUACAAAGGAGUUGCCCGAGUGACAUGCCGGAAAUCUCGGAAAGGUUUCUCAAUAAAAUUAAACCCAGAUGCACACUGGUCUAGCGCCUUUUAUAAAGGACUUGAUAUGAUCCAGCUCAAGGAUGGCAAGAAUAAGAUCCUGUUAAACCGAGAUGAUCAAGCUGGAUUUAGGCUGGACACUACAUUCACGCACCGCCAAGGGAAAUGUAUUACUGCCGACAACAUGCCCUCACUUACGACACGAACAGACUUUGUGAACCCGUAUCAGUCCGUGAUAAAAACCACAUCUUAUCUGUUCAUGGAAUCCGAGACCACAGAGAGAUCAUGCGCUGGAGUAGUUAAGCCUCAUUUCACGUUCCCUAAGAACCCUAUACAGCAUUUCAUUGAUCUAAAUAUGUUGGAAGAAAAAUUCCCCGACCAUCUAAAGAACAAGUCGAUCGAAUGUAUUCGCGUGGAUGGUGCUACCGAUGAAGGGCCUGGACAUAUGGAAGUACAAUUCUUAUGGACAGAAAGACAUAUCUUAAAGCAGAGAGUGUGCUCAAUCAUAUCAACAAGACACAGUGGUGGUUCUUAUUUCAGUGAGGUUGAGCUUAUGAAUGGGUGCAUUGCACAGGCCCAUGGCAAUCUUUUUAUUCCAUCAACGUUAGCAGGUAGCAAUUUUGAUGCAAACGGCUUGAAUAAAGAGAAGUUGUCGGAAAAUUUGGAUAUCGCGACGGACGUGUACAUAGACAGAGUUGACGGCGCCCCAUGUUGCAGGGCAACGCUGCAGUUGUUCAAAGGGGGUAGGGAUGAAGCACUUCAUCAAAAACGACCAAGCCUUCUCUCAUUUUUAAGAGGAAAUGCCAAGGAGAAGAAACAAUUGCAAUUAACCAAACCUGAACUGUACAAGUACUUUGAAGAUGUAUGGCAAGUCCGAGAACGGCACAUGAACAGCCAACUUCCUGAAAACUAUGUUUUCAUGUUGAACUUGUGCCAACAGCCUGGUUGUCUGCAUCCAUUGUGUGGUAAGGAUGUUACUGAUUCAACAUGGUAUGACAAUGGUCCUCCGCUUACGUAUGUUCCUGUGCCUAUCCCUGACCCAAGACGACCCUGGGGUGGCGACUGUAAUGAUUGCGCGGGAUUUUAA